AUGAUGUUGAAUGUAGCUCUUAAAUUUGAAAAGGCAUUUGAAAGGUAUGCAGAUGAAAAUGACAAGUUUUUGAGUUAUUUUGAGGAGAAAGAAAAUGAUAAGAAGAGGAUUGGACCACCGAGUUCUAGUGAUUGGGAGUGUGCUUCUAUUUUUGUCAAAUUUUUGUCCUCUUUUUACGAAGUUACUUUGAAGUUUAGUGGCACAUUGCACAUAACUUCCAACAACUUCUUUCAUGAGCUUUGUGAGAUUGAUUCUCAGUUGAGUUACUUGGCUAGUAACAAUGGUUCAUUGUUAUACACCAUGGCUACUAAGAUGAAGAGUAAAUAUGACAAAUAUUGGGGUGAUCCAGAUCGCAUCAAUCCCAUGUUGUUUCUGGCAGUUGUACUUGAUCCGAGGUAUAAGUUGAAGUAUUUGAAGUUUUGUUUUGAGCCCUUAUAUGAUGCUCAAACUGUUGCUAAGCUUGUUGUUAAGGUGGAACAAAUUCUUCAUCAGUUAUAUAAUCAAUAUUCACAAGGUGGUAAAGAUGGUGAUGAGGCUAUCAAACUAGAAUCACCACCAAAGAAUGAUUCCAAAGAAUCUCAAAGAAAAAGAUUAUUGGAAUCAUUUUUGCAACAACAACAAAUGGACGUGCCGGAAAACAUGAACGACGUUGAUAGAUAUUUCGUUGAUGGAUCUAUCAAUCCAAAAACUCCAUCAUUUGACGUAUUACUUUGGUGGAAAGAUAAUACUAAUAGGUAUAGCAUUUUUUCUAUGAUAGUUAGAGAUGUUCUUGCUAUACCUAUAUCUACUGUAGCAUCUGAAUCCGCCUUCAGUACUAGCGGUCGUAUUUUAGACUCAUUUAGAAGCUCUUUGAGUCCAAAAAUGGUGGAGGCCCUUGUAUGCACACAAAGUUGGUUGAAAGAGAACAAUAAGGGGAUUCAAAUAAGUGAGUUUUUAGAUGAAAUUUCAUCUUAUGACUUUCUUGAAGAAGACAAGCUCAAGGAGAAUGCAACAUCGGAGUCGGGAAGGUCAAAGACGGUUGUACUUGAUUGA